UCGCGGGCGCGCCGAGCAGGGACGGUGACAGCCACGCGCGCACGUGCCCGCCCGGCUGGAGCGCGGCCCUGAGACCUCUGUCGGCCGCUGAGAGGCGCGCGGGGUGUGGGCGGGCGCCGUCUAGGGGCCCGGCGCCCGGGAGUCCCCUGCGUCCCAGGCUCGAGUCCCGGAGCGCCGGGCCGUGCCCGCCCCGUCGGUCCCCGCUCUGGUUCUUCCCAGUGACCAUCAGGACCCGCCCCCCCCCCCUACCUUUCCGCGGUGUCCUCGCGGCCCGUGCUGGCCGAUGGGGGCCAUCGCCGCCUAGAAAGGUUUCGGGCCGGCCGGUCACCAUGGUGGCCCUGAGGCCUGUGCGGCUCCUUCAGGGGGGCUAAGAAGCCCAGAUCACAGGCCUCGGAGUGUGGGUCCUCGGCCUGAGCCCCGCGUCAUGGCCGGAGCCAUUGCUUCCCGCAUGAGCUUCAGCUCACUGAAGAGGAAGCAGCCCAAGACGUUCACCGUGCGGAUCGUCACCAUGGACGCCGAGAUGGAGUUCAAUUGCGAGAUGAAGUGGAAAGGGAAGGACCUAUUUGAUUUGGUGUGCCGGACUCUGGGGCUUCGGGAAACCUGGUUCUUUGGACUGCAGUACACAAUCAAGGACACCGUGGCCUGGCUCAAAAUGGACAAGAAGGUGCUGGAUCAUGACGUGUCCAAGGAAGAGCCAGUCACCUUUCAUUUCCUCGCCAAAUUUUAUCCUGAGAACGCUGAGGAGGAGCUGGUUCAAGAGAUCACACAACAUUUAUUCUUCUUGCAGGUAAAGAAGCAGAUUCUAGAUGAAAAGAUCUACUGCCCUCCCGAGGCCUCUGUGCUGCUGGCUUCUUACGCCGUCCAGGCCAAGUAUGGUGACUACGACCCUUCUGUUCACAAGCGGGGAUUUUUGGGCCAAGAAGAACUGCUUCCCAAAAGGGUAAUAAAUCUCUAUCAAAUGACUCCAGAAAUGUGGGAGGAGAGAAUCACAGCCUGGUAUGCAGAGCACCGAGGCCGAGCCAGGGACGAAGCUGAAAUGGAAUAUCUGAAGAUAGCUCAGGACCUGGAGAUGUAUGGUGUGAACUACUUUGCCAUCAGGAAUAAAAAGGGCACAGAGCUUCUCCUGGGAGUGGAUGCUCUGGGGCUUCACAUCUAUGAUCCUGAGAACAGACUGACCCCCAAGAUCUCCUUCCCGUGGAAUGAAAUCCGAAACAUCUCGUACAGUGACAAAGAGUUUACUAUUAAGCCACUGGAUAAGAAAAUUGAUGUCUUCAAAUUUAACUCCUCAAAGCUUCGGGUUAAUAAAUUGAUUCUCCAGCUCUGUAUUGGGAACCACGACCUUUUUAUGAGGAGAAGGAAGGCUGAUUCUUUGGAAGUUCAGCAGAUGAAAGCCCAGGCCAGGGAGGAGAAGGCUCGAAAACAGAUGGAGCGGCAGCGCCUCGCCCGAGAGAAGCAGAUGAGGGAGGAGGCCGAACGCACCAGGGACGAGUUGGAGAGGAGGCUGCUGCAGAUGAAAGAAGAAGCAACAAUGGCCAAUGAAGCGCUGAUGAGGUCUGAGGAAACAGCUGACCUGUUGGCAGAAAAGGCCCAAAUCACGGAGGAGGAGGCAAAACUUCUGGCUCAGAAGGCUGCAGAGGCUGAACAGGAAAUGCAGCGCAUCAAGGCCACAGCCAUCCGGACAGAGGAAGAGAAACGCCUGAUGGAGCAGAAGGUGCUGGAAGCCGAGGUGCUGGCGCUGAAGAUGGCUGAGGAAUCAGAGAGGAGGGCCAAGGAAGCAGAUCAGCUAAAGCAGGACCUGCAGGAGGCCCGUGAAGCAGAGCGCAGAGCCAAGCAAAAGCUCCUGGAGAUCUCUACCAAGCCCACAUACCCGCCCGUGAAUCCGAUUCCGGCCCCGUUGCCUCCCGACAUACCAAGCUUCAACCUCAUCGGAGACACCUUGUCUUUCGACUUCAAGGAUACCGACAUGAAGCGACUUUCCAUGGAGAUAGAGAAAGAAAAGGUGGAGUACAUGGAGAAGAGCAAGCACCUGCAGGAGCAGCUCAAUGAGCUCAAGACAGAGAUCGAGGCCUUGAAACUCAAGGAGCGGGAGACGGCCCUGGAUAUUCUGCACAAUGAGAACUCUGACCGGGGUGGUACCAGCAGCAAGCACAAUACCAUUAAAAAGCCUCAAGCCCAAGGCAGAAGACCUAUCUGCAUUUGAGCCCUCACAGUAGGUUCCUCCCAGCUCACCUUACAGAGCGCCAAGUCCCGCGUGGCCUUCUUUGAAGAGCUCUAGCAGGUGACCCAGCUGCCCCCGGACCUGCCACUUCUGCUGCUCCUGCACCGGCGGGACUGGUCAGACAGCGCGGGAACCACCUGUAGUUGAGCUGUCUGGGAGCUUCCGUGGGAGCGCUGGAACUUUCCCCAGCUGAGUGGAGAGCUCAACCCCCUUCGUGUGCAAUUGCCGUGAACCCUCUCUCACAGGGUUUGAGUUCUCCUGACCCGAGUCUUUCAAUUUUCUGAGAACUAUUUGUCUUUCCUUGUCUAUCGAGGGGUCCUAUUUCUCCUUGAAAGGUACCCUGGGGUGUGCAGUGCUGGGAAGUGGCUGUGGGGAAUGAAGUGCAUGGUCCCCCCGGAGACCUGGAGACUGGUGCUAACACCUGCAUCUCCCCAGGGUUCCAGAACAUUCAUCUCCUCCCCUGCUGAGGUACUGGCACAGCCCACCCGAACCGAGGGCCAGAGCGACCUGCCUGCACAUCCUCAGUGCCCAUGCCCACUGCUCACAGUGAGCCCAGUGACGGGUCCUUGGCCCAGGCACCCGGGGGCAGCCGUCUCACUGCCAGGCGGCAGGGAGUGGGAAAGGGCGCUGUGACUAGGGAAAGAUUUUAGGUGGAAGCAGUGAUGAAGGUCUGGCUGCCAGCAGAGGGCUGGGGGGCCAGUAGAGCCUUGUAAGAACCUGCACUACACAGAACAUUCACUGAGCUCCUACCACCCCAGACCAGGGUCUUAGAGGCGGCGGGGGCCAGGUAUGUCUUCCCCACUUCAGCUGUAGCCUCUCCUGCCUGUGGCAGACAGAUGGACGGAUGGGACAGGGUCUUCCGGUCACAUUCUAGUCGUCACCUGCUAGCCCAGCCCUGACGGGGCAGGGAGUGCUCUUAAGGCUCUCCAGCCUCAAGGGCACUUCCUCCUCCUCCAAACACUGAACUCCACUCACCACCCCCACACACACACCCCACCCCCACCCCAGACCCCGCCUGUGUGGCUCACCUGAAUGGCUCGCCUGAAUCACCUUCCCUCCAGGCCACUGCCAGCCCCUCCAACGUGUUGUUGUACCUGGGCCUUGUCUUGCUGUUGCCUUUGUCCCCCCAGAAGGCCCUUUGUUUUAUGUACUUUAUAGAUCAGAAGUCCCGUGGGCUGUGUGGGGUCCCUUUGCCCACCCCUACCCACCCCCAGUGUGAGCCAGCUGCAGGGUUCACUCAGUGUCGGUGCUUCACACCUGCCGGCCCGCAGCUCACCCCCACGGGGGCAGCAGCAGGUCACAGAACCACCGUGGUCACUCACACUCACUCCUUGGAUGGAGCCUUUCUCUUGUCCUUUCUCCGCUCCAUGGCUGCCGGAGCCGGCAACCAACCGGCCCCCAGAUCCUUCCCGCGGGGCUGCUGUGCAGAGCAGGUGAUACACCUUAACCAGGGAAGGGUGACUGUUGGGUGGAGAUGGCUGAAGGCCGGUCUCUGGCCGGUGUCUGUGGUCUCCACAGAGGCUGCCUUUUUCCUCGUGGUGUCUUGUGCUGCCUGCCCACUCCUUGGGCCUCCUUGCCCUUAGGGCAUCAGCCCUGUGUCACCCAGCCCUUGGGACGUGGGGUGCGGCUCCCCAUCCGGACACCUACCUUGGAUGACUGUGACUAAAACCUUCCUGCACUCGUCUCCCUCAGGGUGGCAGGGAGGGGGAGAGGGGCGUGCUCAGCGUCUGGACCUUAAGCUCUGGCUCUUGUGUUGUGACUCCAUCAGGCUUCCCACCCAUCCCUGACUCUCCAUGGGGAGUUACUUUCCUCCUGACCUGUGAAUUUAAUCUGUAACAAUAGUGUGGGCACAGGAGCAGGGGGGUGGCCUAGAAAACAUGGUGAGGCCUUGUUUUUUCAUUAUUUAAACUGCUGUGUUAAGUCUGAAGUCCGAGAAACGCCACGCCGUGUGGCCACAGAGGAGCCUGCUGGCAUCCGGGCUGUGACAGGAGCCCCCUCGGCCCCGGGGCAGACUCACUCCACCAGCCUGGCUCUCCUUGGAGACAGAGCUGGCAGGCACCUCCCAAAGGGAGCCCCCGAGAAGGAGCUUGUUUUUCAGGGUCUCGUGCCUGUGGCUGAGAUGAACAUUUCUCAGCACAGGAGCUUCUCAGUGAGGAAGCCCACUAAGAGCAGAGCCCGGGCUGGGAUUAUCUCAUGACAAGCACUUGUGGUGGUGCUUGGGCAGCCACACCACCAUGUGAAGUCACUGCCGGCCAGCGACACGCGUGGGGCUGUGCCGGCGACCCUUGGCUGGGGCGGCACAGACCCCCUGGCUCGCCCAGGGCACCCUGGCCUGUGGUCGCCGCUCAGUGAUUCACGUGCCACCAGACCCUGCUGGACAGCGCCCUGGCAUUACAGAACACUGCUCGAGGGGCUGUGUUUUGUAAUCUAGGGGACAGAUGUCUCUCUCUUCCUUUUCCCUUUCAAAUCAAAACAGCAAGACCAGAGGCUGACAACCAGCCACGGUGACUGAGUGUGCCUCAUUGACAGGGCUGGGGCCUGUCAGCCCCUGAGAGAGUGGCCGUGGCAGGGAGACAGCCUCCCCCAGAUGGCCUGGAGCCAGGCUGCCCCCUUGGGUUUCCAGGGACACUCCAUCCUUUUUCAAAGAUGUCAAACCCCACCUCCCCCUUCAGGCCAGAGUCCCGCCUCCUGUCAGGUCCACACCAUGGAAAGCUAUUUUCUAUUCUGGGGGGUUGUUGUAAU